AACACAUAUAUUAUUUUUUAUAUUUUCCAUUGUAGGUUAUUACAAGAUAUUGACAAUAGUUCCCCACUCUGUACAGCAAACCUUUGUUACUUGUCGCAUAUCUAUUUUUAAAAUUAGAAACCUAGCAAUCUAUUCAUACUAAUUUAAACAAGUGGAAUCAAACUGUCAUAAUUUUUUCAGUUAGGCAAAAAUUCAUGUUUUCUAAAUAUGUAUGUUAUGCAUAUUAUUUAUGUAUAUCUAUAUAAGAGUCAAACUUGUUUCUUACAAAGCACAUAUCAUUUGGUCUUGCUUUUUUAUUCAAUCUGACAGUCUCUAUUUAAAAAAAUAACUUUAAUAACUAUCAUUUAUGAGGCACCUUAUAUGUAUUAUAUAUUUUCAUUUUUUCUAGACAUUUUAUUACAGUAAAAUAUACAUAAUAUGAAAUUUACCAUUUUAACCAUUUUAAAGUCUGUAGCCUAUAACGUUAAGAAUUUUUAUGAUAUUGUACAACACUUACCACCAUCUGCCUCUAGAACUUUCCAUCUUCCCAAAUUGAAACUCUAUCCCCAUUAAACACUAACUCCCAUCCCUCUUGCCCAGCCCCUGGCACCCACCCUCCUACUUUUUGUCUCUAUGGAUUUGAUGACCCUGGUGACCUCAUAUAAGUGGAAUCAUACAUUAUUUGUCCUCUAGUGACUGGCUGAUUUCACUGUUUAUUAUGUCACCCAUGUUAUAGCACAUGUCAGAAUUUCCUCCUGUAUAAGGCUGAAUAAUAUUCCAUUGUGUGGAUGGGCCACAUUUUGUUCCUUCAUUCAUUGAUGGAUAUCUGGGUUGUUUCCACCCUUUGUGUGUGUGUGUGGCCAUUGUGAAUAAUGCUGCUGUGGACACCAGUGUACAAACGUCUCUUAAAGACCCUGUUUUUUAUUCUUUUGAGUGUAUAGUCACAAGUGUAAUUGCUGGAUCAUAUGGUAAUUCUGUGUUUUAUUUGAGAAACUGCCCUGCCCUUUUCUACAACAGCUGCAGCACUUAACAUUUUCCCCAGCAACAGAAAAGGUGGUGGAAACUUCUCCACAUUCAUUUUUUUCUGGGUUUUUUUGAUAGCAGCCAUCCUCAUGGUUGUGUAGUAGUAUAUUUGCUGCAUUUCCCUAAUGGUUAGUAGUGUUAAUCUCUACUUUUUGAUGGAGUAUUUAGUCCAUUUACAUUUAGUACGAUUAUUAGAGUGUUUGGGUUUAAGUCUACCACCUUCAUGUUUGAUUUCUGUUUUUCCAUCUGUUUCUCUAUUCCUCCUUUCCUGCCUUUUAUUUGGUGAAUCCAAGUUUUAAAAAAUUUUGUUUGAUCUUUACUGACUUUUUAGUUCUACCCUUUUAUGUUACUUUUUUAGGGAUUCCUGUAGAGGUUUAAUUUGUUAGAGUCUACCUUAAAAAUUAAUCCUGUACUUCACAAACAAUGUGAGAUCUGUAUACAGAGGGUCGUAGUGACCACCUUCUACUUCUUGUACUCUUGGAGGCAUGUAUAACUUCUUGUGCUAGAAAAUUCUACAACACAAAUUUAAUCUUUACUUUAGCUAAUAUUCUUUAAAAAUAGGGGUGUAUUAUAUUUAAUUUUUAAAGUCUCAGAUGCGCUUGUUUACUACAUUGAGAAUUUCUGAGUCCAGUGGCUAAGACUCUGUGCUCCCAUUGCCAAGGGCCUGGGAUCGAUCCUUGGUCAGGGAAUUAAAAUUCUACAAGUCUCUCUGUGCAGCCAAAAUAAAAAAGAGAGAAUUUCUGUAGAACUGCACCAUACUUGGCCAGACAUGCUAAAUGUAUUAGUUGAACAUUGUAAAACAAGCAGUGCCCACUGGCUUCAGGAGAAACCUUUGGACCCCAGUUCAGUGUGGUGGGAAGAUAGAUGUUCUGGUACCAGGCCUGGCUGGUCCUCACCCUGCCAUGUACUGGCCAUGUGGUCAUGUGCAAACCCGUUUUCCCCUCUUUAAAAGCAGUCUAUUGUAGGCAUUGUUGGGAGGGUCGAAUGGGUUAAUAUGAGUGAAGAACUCAGAGUGGUGCUUGGCACACAGCACGUGCUGUAUGAUUGCUGUUCUUGCUGUGGUUACACAGUGAACCGGUUCACAUCCCUUGGAGAUCCAGGAUCUGCAGCAAAAAGAGUCUGUGACAAACCUCUAAGGUGUGAAAAUACAUAUCAUAGGAGAAUAAACUUCAGAUGAUUAAUUUGAUCAUCCUUUUGGGAAUGUUUUAGAGAUGAAAGGGGCUACUAAAGUAAUGUUCAGUGUAACUUCCUAUUUUAAAUUAAUCUUUUUGCAACUGGAUUCACACUCUUAAACAAGAAUAGUGUUUGGGUGUCCAUCCCCCGUUUGUUUUCCUGGGGCUGACUCUUGCCCAGUGGAGACAAGACCAUCGUGGCCCGGCAGUUCUGUCCAUGUGCCCUGCUGCUGACCAGGGGCAGCACAUCGGAAACAGCCUCUGUGCCUACCAUUGGGUUUUUGAAUAAAAAAACCAUGCAGUGCAGUUAGUUGUUCCCAGGGUAGAAUAAUUAUCUCCAACAAAGCAACUCCCCCUCAGGUGGCAGUUAUCAACCAAGAACAAGCUACGGGAAGCAGCUGCCUGAGGACACCUGAGAAGGGACACUGCAGGCAGGUUCUGAGGGCAGCUUAAACUUAGAGGAAGUGGCGGGCCCAGAGUAUGUUUCCUGUUUGUACGUCUUAACUUUGAGGGCAGUGCAGUUGCAGCGGUGGUGUGGGGUGGUUAGAACUCUGGUGGAAAGACCGUGCUCUUCCUUGUUGGACAGGGGGAGGAGCUGGGCAGAUGGAGCUGCUGCAGAGUAAGAGAAUUCCCAAAAAAGGAAUUCUGCAAAUAAAUUCUGCUCCGAUUUCUGGCCAAGCCCUGAACCAGGCACACACAGGGCAGGUGGGAAGCCACCUCAACCAAGAGUGAGGCCACUGCUUAUCACAACAUUGAUGGUGACAGUUUCCUUUUUGAAUCUAAUGUAAUUAAUUCCCUGCUAAAUCAUAACCAUAAACUCUAUUCCCUUGCUGCCCUUGUAGCUCUGUAAAGAAUCAGCCUGCACUGCAGGAGACCCGGGCUUGAUUCCUAGGUCGGGAAGAUUCCCUGGAGAAGGAAAUGGCAACCCACUCCAGUAUUCUUGCCUGGAAAAUCCCACAAACAGAGGAGGCUGGCAGGCUACAGUCCAUGGGGUCGCAAGAGUCAGACACGACUUAGCGACUAAACCACUACCACCAAAUCAAAACCAUUCCUCUCUUCAGAGAAAUAUAAUUGAAUUCAGAGUCUCUACAACAUAACAGAUUGCAGAGUCUUUGCAGUCCAAAGUUACUCCACAUACAAAGAGCCGGGGUGCUGUGAACCAUCCUCAAGGGAAAAUACAAUCAACAGACUGUCAUCAUGUGAUGACUCAGGUGUUGGGUGAUUAGACAAGCACUUCAAAGCCAACGGGGUAACUGUGUUCAGUGACGCAAAGGAAAAUACACUCCUAGUGAACAAAAACAUAGGAAAUCUCAGCAGAGGGGUAGAAAAUGUUUUUUAAAACCAGCCAAAUGGAAAUUUUAGAAUUGAAAAAUAUGACACUUCAAAUAAAACAUUCAGUGAAUGGGCAUAAUAGACUGGAAAGGACAAGAUGUAGUCAUAGACUUCAAAGACAGAUGAGUAGAAAUCAUCUGGUCUGGAGACAAACUGGGGAAGUGAUGGGGGAAAGCAAGAGGAGCCUUAGAGACUCACAGGGCAGUGAGAAGUGUGUGAAAUGCACGGUGACUGUGGAGCCCAGAGGGGAGGCAAGAGGCCCGGUGGGGUAGGAGAAGUGCUUGAAGAACAGACUCUCCCAAUAUGGUGAAAAACGUAGAUUUACAGAUUAAAGAAGCUCAGGGAGUCUCAAACCGGGUGAAUAUGACUAAAACCACACCUGGGCACAUCAUUUUUACGUUACUGAACACUCUAAGAUUCACUUUAAAAAUCUUGAAAGCAGCCAGAGAAAAACAACAGAUUACAUACACACAGUGCUGCAAACACUAGGAACUUAUCAUCAGAAGGCCAGUGGAGUGCUGGAAGAAAGAUAGUCAACCUCCCAGCAGCAUGUGCUAAAUACAGAUAUUUUCAGAAAAAGGAAAGCAGAUAGAAUUUGUUGCCAUCAUUUGUGUACUGUCAGAAAUGCUAAAGGAAGUUUUUCCUGGCUGAAGGUAAAUGCUGUGAGAGUGAAACUCAGAUCUUUAUGAGCGAGUGACGAGCAUCAAAAAGAGUAAAUAGCUGGGGAAACGUCUUCUUUAAAGUAUGUAUUUAGGGACUCCCUAGUGGUCCAGUGAUUUACAAUUCCACACUGCCUAUGUAGGGAGCACUGACUCAAUGCCAGAUCGGAUAACUAAGAUCCUGCAUGCCACAUGACUCCCCGCCCAAAAAAAAAACGUGGAAUAUGUAUUUAAAGAAAAAAAUCAGAACGUGUCUUGAGUUUGUAAUGCAUGCAGGUGAAAUGUGCAUGAUGGCCAUCACAUGAAGGUUCACAGACCUGCAGGUUCUGCCUUGACAUGUCGUGCUGCAGUGUUCUAAGCAGGCUGUGAAACAGGGUCAGAGCAACAACCAUGAAAUAAUGCAGAGAACCAUAACUAAAGAACUAGAAGAUAAAUUGAAAGGGAACUUAAAAAAAAUUCAAAUAAUAUAAAAGAAAGCAGGAAAGAGAAGUAAAACACUGCAAAGACAAGCAGAAAACAAAUAAAACAGUAGCCUUAAACCCAACCACAGUGUCAUUAUACACUUGCCAAAGCCCAACAUCAAAAGUGAUCCUGUUGUAAACAUUGACUUGAGGCAAGAGUGAUGUGCCCGUGUAGGUUCAUCAGAGUACUUCUCUGGGGCAGGAUGUUAAUAGUGGGAGAGGCUCUGCUUGUGUGGGGGCAGCAGGUGUAUGAAACUCUCUUCCUUCCUGCUUAGUUGGGCGGUGAACCCAAAACUGUUCUAAAAAAAAUAAUCUUUUAUGUAUUAAGACAGAGGAACAAGUAGAAAACAAAUAAUAAAAUGGUAGACCUAAGUCUAACCACAGUGAUAUUUACAUUAAUUAUUAGUGACUAAACUCUCCAGUUAAAAGUUAGAAAUGAUAAGAAUGAGUAAUAAGCAAGACCCUAUGACAUGCUGUCUAUGGGAGAUUCACUUUAAAUAUAAAAAUCACAAGCUGAAAAUAAGUGGAUGCAAAAUGUGUAAGUAUACAAAUAGCAUAAGAUGGCUGGAGUGGCUGUACUGAUAUCAGUAAAGUCGGUUCAAGAUGAGUAUUAGCAAAGAGAACCGGAAAAUUCUAGUGAUAAAGAGGUUGUUUCGUCAGAAAAACAUAUCAGUUACAAAUGCACCCAAUAAAGGAAGUAAUAAGCAAUUCCACAAUCAUAGGCAAUUUUAACAUCUUUCUCUCACCAGUUGUUAGAACAAAAGACCUAAAGAAAUCAGUGAAGACAUAGAGGGUCUGAACAGUGUUCCUGGAAUCUUGACCUGAGUGUUGUUUAUAGAGCCACACCCAUCAGAAGCAAAACACAGAUUCCUUCAAGUGCAUGUUCUCUAACAUAGACCAAAUGCUGUGCCCUGAAACAAGCCUCUAGGAAAAGUAAAGAAGUAAAGCUGCAUUUAUUUGCAUAGGACAUGAUUAUUUAUGUAGAAGAUGCUAAGAAAUCUGAAAAACUGCUUAGGAUGGAAAAAAGCAAGAACCAUUAGAGAAAAAAUGGAUGCAGUUAAUUUUAUGAAAAUGAAACAUUUGUUCUUCUAAAGAGACCCAUAAGAAAAUGAAAAGAAAGUCACAGAAUGGGAGAAAUGUCUGCAGUACACAUACCUGGCAAAGGACAUGUGAAGAGCUAGCACGUAAUAAUAGAAAGACAACUCAGCCGAACACUGUGGCCCAGAGAUAUGAAUAGACUCAUCACAAGAGAUGUAAGGUGUGUGAGUGGCCCACAAGCAGGACAGAGGUGCUGACCAUAUCUAGUUGCAGAAGCACAGAUGGGAACAGAGGAGAACCGCCGCCCACCUGCCAGUGUGUGAUCACGACCUGGUGUGGCCGGAACAGGCUGGGCUCCAGGGUCGUGACACUCUGGAGCCAGCGACCAACCCCCCGACUGCUGAUCGAGGGUGGCGAGGGCCUGAAUGUCUGCGGCCCACGUCCAAGAGGGCCAGACCCUGCACUCCGGGACAUGGCGCUUCAGCGUGCCGUCCUCCUGGCUGGCCUCCUGGUGGAAGUUGCUAGCAGAUCCUCAGGAACUGCGGGUCAGCAGCCUGAGUGCUGUGUGGAUGCGGGGGACAUCAACGCCACCUGCCCAGGCACUAGCCUGUGUGGCCCAGGCUGCUAUGGGCGCCCAGCUGAGGAUGGGAGCGUCAGCUGCAUCCAGUGCAGGAACGGAACCCACAACAGCUCCGAGUGCAGAGGCCUCGCCGGCCGAGGUGCACAGUUCCCCGUGAACAAGAGCACAGGGAUGCCUGGGCGGCAGAGUGUCGGGGGCCCUCAGGUGGCUGCCUCCCUCUUCCUGGGGACGUUUCUCAUCAGCUCGGGCCUCAUCCUCUCCGUGGCUGCAUUCUUCUACCUCAAGCGAGCCAGCAAGCUGCCCAAGGUCUUCUAUGGAAGAAACAGAGCUCCCGCCCUGCAGCCUGGCGAAGCCGCCGUGAUGAUUCCCCCACCUCAGUCCUCAGUGCGGAAGCCGCGCUACGUCCGGCGUGAGCGGCCCUUGGACAGGAAUGUGGGCCCCACCACUGUCUCCUCUGUGGAGGCCCGGGUGAGCAACGUCUGACCCCAAGGUCCACCCACAGCUCCACGCACCGCAGAGGAGGGGCCCCCAUGCACAAAGGCUGGGUGCUGCCCAGCAAGGCCUCGGGAUGGGCCCAGACACGGCCCUGGCUUGGUUCGUCUGAUUCCAGCCACAUAUGCAGGGGGGAGCCACCCACCUGCAGGCCUUCCUCACCACAAUUGGCACUCAGUGUGACCAACCCGGGGCAUCACUGCAGCCUCUGUCCCUGAGCCCAGGUGGGGAGCCAGGCACAUGGGGUCUGGGCCCCAUGGGAGAGACAGCCUGCAGGACCCCGGGUGCUCCUCCGCCCUGGAGCCCAUGGUGAGCAGAUUCCCUGCAUCCUGUCUAAGAGCAGUGAGGCCCAGGCCUUUGAGGUUCCAGCUGUGUCCACAUGGAGGUGGGAUGGGCCUGGGGACCACCCGCCCGCUGCAGACUCAGGCACCACAGGCUGUGCUGCGUUGCUGCCCAGUCCCAGGAGCUGCAGGACCGAGUUGCUUGGCUUUCUGCUGACUCCUGUGUGUGUUUAAGCAGAAACACAUUUUGUACAGAAGUCUAAGAGGCAUGCUGCCCUCAUCUGAGCCCUGCCUGGGCCCCAGGCGCUACAGGUCCUCAUCCACCUGGGGAUGGACGCUUGCCUGAAACUGCUGGAGGUCAAGGCCCCCCAGGGACGUGUCCACCCAGGGCCACAUUUACCCGUGACUGUUGCCUGGAAGCCUGGACUGGCUCAUCACGUCAGUCUCCCAAGGACCUCGCUGACCGGCAGUCCUGUCUGGCUGCCCCCACCCUGAGGCACUAGCCAAGGUUCCCGAGGAGACGGGAGUGUUGGGGCACCCACUGCGUGAGGGUGGAGUGUGGCCUGGCCUCCCCAGAAUCUCUGUUGGGACUGCUGUGUCCUCCUUCGGGAUCUGGUCCGAGUCUGUGCCGCCCGAGGCAGGGCCUGUGUGGCCAGCCUCCCACCUUCUGCACCAUGAUUCCCACUGGAGCCUUUGCAGUUUCUGGACAUGAGCUCGGUCACCAGGAUGUGAAUGGAUGACUGGCUGGUGGCCAUGAGGGGCAGCCACCUGAAAUUAGUGUCAAUAAACCACUCAGGCCUUUC